CACGACUGCCAGAGGUUCACGUCGCUCGCUCGCUCCGUGUGUCCGCCAGAGCCAGAGCUCCAAUACGAAAAAACGACGUAAAUAUCAUCAUCACCAGUAGCGCGCGUAAUUCAAAGUAAAUCAAAAUCCCAAUUGAAAUUUGAGAAAAAAGUGCUCCAAAAAAUAAUUAUUAAUUAUUAAGAAAUUAAAUGUGUAACUAAAAUACGCGAAACACAACAAAUCUGAAUAUAUUGCAUUCCGGAAAAAAAGUGAUUGGGAUGACAAAAGAACACAAAACAUUAUAAAGUUUAUACUUUGAAGAAAAUUCUUAAGAAAAUGUCAUCUGGUGUUCAGUGCUGUGUUGCCGCUUUGGUCCAGGCGGCAGGCUACUACUCGUGCUACUCCUCCUGCUCCUUGGGACACCUGCUGGCCGCCCUUUGAGACCGCCGAACGGAUUCUCCCAAUCUCAGUGACUGAACCACAGUUUGAGGGAGAUAUAUAGAGAUAGAUCUGGAAAUAAACUACUACAAAAAUAACUUUUAUUCCGUUUAACGUUUUCAUCCAUUGGAUAUAAACAUUGUGAACUAUAACAUUAUCCUUGAGAACGGCCCAGCCGAAAAUGUGCACAGAGGUAAAUUCAGCGAUGGGUCUUCAAGCAACAGCCGCCACAAAGCGGAAGCAUGAGCUGACCUUUGACAGCAAGGAUGCCAAUACCACAUACACGGGCAACUGUGCCCCGCCCCCCCACAAGGCCAACAAAUGGGCCAUCAGCAACAACAACUACCUGGAAUCGCUAGAGGAGCAACAGCAGCACUUGCAACAACAGGGAGAGGCGAUGACGACGACGACGACGACGACGACUGUUGAAUCGAACAACAAUCACAUCAUCAUUGUGGAUGCAGAGUCCAAGUCGGAUAGCAGCAUCAUCACCAUCUCGAAUGGUAGCGAAGUUACUAGCGCGAAGAGCCAGUCGGAGGUGCCACUGCCACCGACGGCAAGUGCGGCCAUCCCCGAGGACAGCAUCGCCAAGCUGGAGGUGGUGGCUGCUGUGCCCUGCGAGCCCUGGAGCGGUGCCUCCUCGGUCACUGUCACUGGCACGCCGUCCUCUGUGAUUGGUGGGGGCGCCGAGGAUUGCAUCUCCAAGCUGCAGGCCGUGGCCGUGCCGAGCGAUCCAUGGGGCAGCAUUGCCACACGCUCCACCCUGGCCACCACGCUCCUGAGCGCCGAUGAGCUGGACGACGACGAUGAUGACUUUGAGGAUGAUUACGAGGAGGAGGAGACCAUCAUACCCACCUACUGCCCCAUGCGCUACCAUCCGUUUGUGCCGCUGCCACAUCCACAUCCACACCAGCUGCCAGCGCAUCCCCAUCCCAUCCAGCAUCAGCAGCAGGCAGUAGUGCAACAGCAACAACAUCAGCAGGCUGUGGUGCAACAACAGCAGCAGAGGAGCAGCUAUGCCCCGGGAUAUGGCAGCCGGCAGCCCAACUACUACUCUGAGCCCUUCCCGCAACAGAAUUGCUCGCGGACCGGUGGCCCCCAGCACAUGACGCAGCCAACGCCCCAACAGGCGCAGCCACAGCCACAGCAGCAGCCACAGCAGCAGCAGGCGCGAGGGUUCGCCUCGCCCCAAUGGUCGGGAAUAUCAGCUCCCUCCUCGCCCGCGGGCCAGCAGCAGUUCUAUGAGAGCGGAAGUCCCAGCGGAGUGGCACCCUCGUACCCGCAACAGCAGCCGGCGGCGCCCCAGCAGACGAUCCGCUGUGCGGAGAAUGGGAAAUCCUACCUGGAUCUGGGAUGCAGCAGUGCGGCAGCCGCUGCAGCAGCCACCAGCCCCUCGUCGGCCGCCUCGCCCAGCAGUCCGCCUCCCUCCACGGCGCCAGUGCCCCCGUUUGCCGGUCUGCCCCUGCAUGGCCUGCCCCUCAAGCGGUGCUGCGAUGGACGCGCCAGCGGUUGGUGCAGCGCAAACAGGAGCUGCUACAAGGACACGCGCCUGAAGAUCCGCAAUCUGUCGAUGUUCAAGCUCUCCCGCUUCCGGCAGGUAUCGGAGCAAUCGCUCUACCGUUCGGUGCUCAUCUGCAACACCCUCAAGCGCAUCGAUAGGGAGAUUGAAGCGGAGGCCAAGGAGCUGCAUCAGGCGGCGCAGCAGCAUCAUCAGCAGGCGGCGGCAGCAGCAGCAGCCGCUGCAGCAGCGGCUGCCCAAGCGGCGCAAUAUCAUCCGGCGUAUCAGCAACAACAGCAACAGCAACAGCAACAAUCCCCGCCAGCGGCGCAACUGCAUCCGCACCCACAUCCCCAACAACAACAACAACAACAACAGCAACAGUUGGAGUAUGCCCCCGUGCUGAAUUGUGCGCGUUUGGCCAACAUGGAUCACUACCAGCAGAUCAAUUUCCAACCACAACAGCAACAGCAGCAGCAGCAGCAUGGUGGAUAUCACGAGAGAUUGGAGCCACAGCCAGCGGGGGCCUACAGGGGGGGAGUGGGAGGAGGAGGAGUCGUGGGAGUUGCAGGAUUCCAGGGGCAAGCCAACAACUGUGAUACGUCAGCGCCAACCCAAUCUGCAGCAGUAGCAACAACGAGCGGGAGUAGUCUGCAUCCCUACGAUCAUUAUCCCUUCCGGGAGUCGCAAUCUGGACGUGCCACACCGUUUCCCACCUGCCCCCCCACUACCUCCUCUGCAGCAGCAGCAUCCGCAGGAUCCGCAGGAUCAUCCGCAACAUCCGCUCCAACAACAACGGUAGCCACGAGUCCUGUGAGCAGCAGUUCCUCCGACUCCCCCUCUGCCACCAGCAAUAGCUCCAAUGCCGCCAGCAGCAGUUCCAGUCUUACCCUGCCACAAACUAACAGUACCACCAGCAAUGGGAGCACACCUCCCAGCACCAACAGCAAUAACAACAACAGUGGGACCCCCACAGUGACUACUGGCACCAGCGACACCAGCGACUCGGGCUAUGCGGAUGAUGACUCCACGCGUUCCAUCAACUGGAGUUCGGUGCUCAGCCUGAGCUCACAAUCCGCACUGGAUCCCCUAAAUAACAACGAUUUGUUUAACAUUCUCCCUGCGGCAGCCACGCCCACAGCGGUGCCUGUAUCUGUGGCAGGAGCAGCAUCCUCCAGCUCUAGUUCUACGCUGGCCUUUAGUGGGAGCUUUACAACUGUGCAGGCGGGCUCCAGCGGGGGUAGCAGCAGUGGCAGUGCCAGUGGUGCCACCAAUUCCGGCGGCAGCAGCUCCUCCACCACAGCGACCUUCACCACCUUGUCGACCAUCUCCUCGGCCACUCACUCGCUGACGUCGUCGUAUGUGAGCAGCAUCAGCUCGAAUGUGAGUGCGGGUGCCAAUACCUGGGAGUACGGAUUCUUGGACAUGGAAUUCGGCCUGGGGUCAGAGUUCACGGAGCUGGUCCCGAGCUGCAAGCUCUCUUCGGACGAGCUCUUCAAGAGCGGCCUCAGUGGGCCGGUGGCCAAUGCGCGGCUCCACCACGAGAACGAGCUGGAGCAGCCCGCCCACAUUAUGGUCGGGAGUUAGUAUCAGUUGUAGGCGACGUUUGGCGGCGCCCCCACCCCAUCCGGACAAAGACAGGUGGUGCAGGAGCGUGCUGGUCACGCUGCUCCCACCACCUACAGUUCCUGUGCCUGGUGGGGCGCCACUAGAAAUUCCAAGCAGUAUUGAAACGUGAAAUAGUGGAAGGGAUUGUGCGAUUAGGAGAGAUAGAGAGAGCGAGCGAGAUAGUAAUAUGCUCAGGUUGUGAAAGUGCAUGAAUAUACCCUUGAAGUACCCCUUAAAGCCGCCUGCCCCUCCCUUCCACACACACAAAAGCAGAGCAAUUUGUAAAUGAAAAUGAUUUAAAAAUAAGCAGAGAAAAGCCCCAGAUAGAUCGACAUGCAAGCAAAACUACUAGCAAAUUUUUGUAAGUGUAUAUAAAAAACAAAUGUUAGAAAACUAAGAGAUCGCGAUUAUAUAGAAUUUAGGCAUACAUAUAUGUACCAUUAGCUUUGUUAGUUGCAAUUGUUGUUGCCAGAAAGAGUUUUUCGAUUCCAAAAAAACAACCA